ACUCGCAUAUUUCUGUGUGCGCUUGUUUCAUCUCUACAUACAGAAUAAGAAAAUGUCCGGACGCGGUAAAGGAGGCAAAGUUAAAGGCAAGUCCAAGUCUCGUUCAUCCAGGGCUGGACUUCAGUUUCCAGUCGGUCGUAUCCACCGUCUGUUGAGAAAGGGAAACUAUGCUGAGCGUGUUGGUGCCGGCGCCCCUGUUUACCUCGCUGCAGUGCUCGAGUAUUUGGCUGCCGAAGUUCUCGAGUUGGCUGGCAACGCUGCCAGAGACAACAAGAAGACAAGAAUCAUUCCCCGUCACCUCCAGCUGGCCAUCAGAAACGACGAGGAGUUGAACAAACUUCUGUCUGGCGUCACCAUCGCUCAGGGUGGUGUCUUGCCCAACAUCCAAGCCGUACUUCUGCCCAAGAAGUCUCAAAAGACACCAGGUGGCAAGGCAUAAAUCGUCAUUCAACACCACUCCCACCCAAGUCACCCCCACCACCACACUGUCCUUUUCAGGACAA